CCCUGUACCUUUCCAGCGGGCUGAGUUUCUGUUGAAUGUGAAGGACAUCUUGCACCAUGGAUGGAUUCUGCCUUCUCUAUCUGCUCAUGAUUCUCCUGAUGAGAUCUGGUGAUGUUGAAACCAACCCUGGACCAGACAGGAUUGUCAGUGAGGAGGAAUUCUUAAAGCUGUCCAAGCUAAUUGAACCUGCCUACUACAAAGAGGUGGGCAUUCACCUGAAGAUCUCCAUUGCAGAGCUUGGUCAAAUCAAGGAACGUAGCCUAAAUACCAGUGAUGCAUUGAUAACAGUGUUCACGAGAUGGAGAGACAUACAGCCUCCAGGCACAGACAUCAGGGCUCUUCUUGCAGAUGGAUUAGAAAGAAGUGACUUAGGGUCUCUCGCCAGCGAAGUACUCGCUGGCAGUCUAGUCCCGAACAAGACAGGUGCACCUGUUACAAUGCCAGGAUCACAGACCCAACCUCUUUCUCCUGACCUGAUCCAGAAAUGUGCAGAUGAUUUCAAAUUUAAGUACCGGACAACUCUCUGUAAGAUCAGAGCUGAUCCUCUUAACCCUGAUUCCAGUGUGCAAUUUGACGACAUGUACGCAAACCUUGUUCUGGAAGAGGAAUAUCGAGGACGCAAGCGACCAAUUGAGUACAGGGAUCUCUUUGAUCUUAAAGUCAAUGGAGAGUUCCCUAAGCGGAUCAUGAUUCAAGGAGAGGCUGGGGCUGGAAAGACAACAUUCUGUGCUAAGAUUGCCUGGGACUGGGUAAAUGACAGUCCUGUUCUCCACAAGUUUGUGUGGGUACUUGUUGUCCCUUUUCGUGAAGCCAAGCAAUACACGAUCGGUGAGAUUGCCAAGUCAUAUCUCUCCAAGGACAACCCAGCAACAGCCUGCCAGAUCACGGAGUACAUCCGUUCAAAUCCAAAAGAUGUAUUCAUUGCGUUUGAUGGAUUAGAUGAGUUUGAUGGCAAGGUUGUACAGCAAAGGAAAGCUUGUUCAAAGUCAGAAUGUCACCAGCCAAAGUCUGUUGAGUCAUCAAGCCAAACGAGUGCCACUUCGCAGCCAAGAGUCAACAGUGCAGAGGCAAGUGGAACUUCGUCAGAGAGAGGGGGCAUUGCACUUACAGACAUUCUUCGUUCAGAUGAACUUGCAACUUGCCCGGUGUUGGUGACAAGUCGCCCAUGGAAGGUCACAGAGAUUAGAUUGGAUAAUAAACUAAGGAAACUGUAUACUUUCAUGCAUGUGGAAGGUUUUAGCAAUGAGAAUGUGGAGGUUUACAUUCACAAGUACUUUGAAGAUGAUGUGGCUACAGCAGAUCAGCUUAUCCAAUUAACCAAAGACAAUGACAUCAUAUCUGAGAAUAUGGCCCCGUAUCCUAUCUACAUAGCUAUGCUCUGUCUUAUGUGGAGAGAACUUGGUGAUGAAAAACGAGAAAAGUUCAAGUCAUUUCAAACUUUUUCUCAAAUAUUUGAUGAAAUGUUUGAAUUCCUGAGGGUACAUUAUGCUCAGAAAAUGAUCACAGAUUUAGACAACCCAUCAUUCAAAGCAUAUAUUGCUCAAAUUGAGAAGCUCAUGGAACCAGUUGCCAAAGUUGCUUUCAUCGGGCUACAAGAAAACACCCUCAUGUUCAAAGAAGAUCAUUUUGAACAGUGCUCAGACUCCAUGGAAACAGCUUGCAGAGUAGGGGUGUUGUCUCAGGAAAAAAGAUUGUCAUCUAUAUAUGAUAAGAGCAGUCUGUACCUGCAGUCUGCAAUCUUCUUCCCUCACAAACUGUUUCAGGAGUACAUGGCUGGAGUCCAUCUUGCUUCUCUAUAUGAAUCAGAUCGUAAUGAAUUCAGCAGGCUGAUAGAGCAAGUAGUGCUGCCAAGGAAGGAGGAGUUUAGGUAUCUCCUGUACUUCACUGUGUCACAGAACAAAAAUAUUGCAACCCAUGUAGUGAAGUCUAUGCUACAGGGAAUAUCAUACAUAAACAGAGAUCUCAUUGUUGAUGUAGCAUUUGAGAGUCUGGACCCAGAUGCAGCAGCCUUGGUAAAGGACAGGGUUUCAUCACAGGAGCUGACCGUGGACAGAAACAUGACAGCACACACUGUAGCCGGAUAUGCAUUCAUUGGUCCACAUGUGGUUAAACUCAAUAUUAACAGAGAUUGUGGACCUACUAUGUCACUUGAUGUGGGAGAGAUGAUAUGCUCCAUGCCACCCUUGAAGGAAGUUUCUCUUAAAGGUGCAUUCCAUCAUUGUUUUUUUGCAACACUUGCAAGGAAAGGAAAAGAAUCAAAGGUGAGCAAUUCAUCCACAAUUGUGAUGUAUGUAUGA